GUGCACUGUUAGAUAGGACGGACCUUAAGCGCUUUCUUCUGUCUACUCAAGCAAUUGGGACUAUAUGCUUGCCCACUUCCAAAAUAUCCUCUCUGCUAAUCAUCCUCUCCAAUACACAACCACCCCGGACCGACCCCAGUGACGUCAGCCCACUUCCUCCCUCGAUCCCUCCCUCCGCAUCUCCAACUCCAACACCACCAGCACCUUCCCCCCUUCUACAAACAUCUCUCCUCAACCCCGCUCCCCCCAACUCCAAUUCUCUUCAAAUUCUCUCAUACAAUCCAGCAAAACAAACCCCAAGCCCUCACAACCCUCCAUCCGACCGACCAAAAACCAAACCCAAACCCAGACCCAAACCCAACAACCCACCCAGGAAAAACAAUGGCAUUCCUCCUCUCACGCACAACGACCACCCUCGUGGGCACCACCCUCGGCCUCGGCCUCACCUUCACCCUCCACCCCCUCUCGCCCUUCCGCGCCGCGCCCCUCCAAUGCCAAUACUCCGCCCCGUCCGCCGCCGCCGCCGGCACCCCCGAAACCAACUGGACGGUGCCGUCGUCAUCAGACCCCACGAUCCUCAAACAAGGCCGCACGGGCCCGAUCCUCACGGCCUCGAACAUGCGGCAGGUGAGCUUGGGCAGCGUGCUGGGGCUGGUGGUGGGCGUGGGGCUGCGGGCGUUCUCGCGCGUGCUGGUCGUGUUGAUCGGGAUGGGGAUUGUGGUUGUUGAGUGGGCCGCGGCCAAGGGGUACAAUAUCCUGCCCGUCAAUACGGUCCAGAAGUACGUGAAGCGGGUGGAUUUGCAGGGCGCGGUGUCGAAGCAUAUCCCCUUCAAGUUGAGCUUUGGGUUGACGAUGGGAUUGGCUGCUUUUGCGCAGUUUUAA